AAAGUAUUUUAUCAGUUGACAACGCAACUAAGAGUAUGUUAAAGUAUUUAUAUUUUUGUUCUUCCUAUUUCUAACUAGUCUGCGCAAAAUUGGACGACGACUGUUAUUUCAAAACCGCAAUACAGAGCUUCGACAAGGACAACUAAUUCACGAGUGAGGAAAAAUGUUGGUGCAAUAUUUUACAUUGUUUCUUGUUUCAUCUACAAUCAGUGGUACAGCAUCUCUUUCAUGUUUCACGUGUUCUGAUGCACUAAGCUUAAGAGAAUGUAUGUCCAUUGAAACAUGCUCUGAGGGAGAGGUUUGUUACAAAAAACGAGAAUAUACAAAUCAAAUACAGUUUAGCCUAGGAUGUAUUGACAAGAAGAAGUGUGGCAGAUUUGCUGAAAUUCAAAAUACUUCGGACGUCACAGUACAGAAAAUGAGUGCCGACAAAACAAGCUAUUGCUAUGAAUGUUGUUCGACAAGCAAAUGCAACAAGGACAUUUGUACAUAUCCUCCAAACUCUGAGUGCAGGGAUGACAAACACGUUGAUUGUGCUCGAUUAAACUCAAUGUUCAAUAUAUGUGAAGUGAAAAAUGAAGCCAAGAAAAUUUGUCCACGGUUUUGCAACCUAUGUCAUCUAGUUGAUGGUAGUUGGUCGUCAUGGUCACAAUGGUCAUCUUGUGACGUCACAUGUGGGAAUGGAUCACUUUUACGUCAACGUACAUGUACUAAUCCGGCGCCACAAAAUGGCGGCCUUGACUGUCCAGGAAACAAAAUUGAAAAGAAAUCUUGCAGUCUUCAAUUAUGCCCGGUGCAUGGAGGCUGGAGUUCAUGGGAUGAAUGGGGAACAUGUUCCGCGACAUGUGAUACCGGAAUGCGCCGUCGGAUACGAUCAUGCACGAACCCACGUCCGGAACAUUUCGGAAACCAUUGCUUUGGCAACAACGAUGAAGUCGAGUUGUGUAAAAUUGGUCCUUGUACAAAAAAAGUUGUUUUUGAUGCGUACACAACAAAAAGCAAUGGUCACUACCUUGAUGGCACAGUCCUCGUUUUUCCACACGUGAAUCUUAACGACGGACAAGGGUACAACCCUUCAACUGGUAUCUUCCAGGCUCCUGUUGCUGGGGUAUACCAAUUCACAGCCCAUGUUUGCGCGAAACCUAGAGCGCAUAUGGUCAUAAGUAUUAUCAAGGGGUCACAGCAAAUUGCGACUACCACGGUUUAUGAAAACACUUACUCAUCCUGCAGUUCCGUCAGUACUAAUGCCCGUGUUGAUAAAAAUGAAAAAGUAUACGUAAAGGCGCGUUGGAGCUCAAGCUUUUUUGCAGACGGGUAUAUACCAAUGGCCUUCCUUCAGCGGAUUUCUUAUGUUCACAUCCGAUUAAUACAUACUAAAGAAAAACCAUUAAAGGCACGUAAUGCCUUAGAAAUCCAUAUGUUUUAAUGUCUUUAAAAAAAUGAUAAAACUUGUAU